GAGGGGCGGAGAAGGUAAUCACGAGGCGCUGGAGCUCAUACGGAGCUCGUGCUACUCCCUUGGUCUGUCAGAGGAGCUCGAGACCGAGCUCGAGAACAGGUUUUCACAUGUACGAGGCGAGGGGACCUGCGGCUGAGAUGAGUGCAGACUCCGAUUGGCUGUGAUCUUUAAAAGCCUCUCCUUUCUCUCCUCCCCCACUGCUUGCGCCGCUGCCCACAGUCAAGAUGGCAGUGCGCUUGGCCGCACUGCCCACUUUAAAGAUGGCGGCGCCUAGCCGGGUCCGACUUUUGGCUCUGCUUUUUUUUUCCCUCAGCGGCUGUUCCGUGGGCUUGUCAAGUGGCGAGGAUGGGGCGGAUGAGACAGUCAUCAUUGGACUCAGGCUUGAAGAUACAGACGACGUUUCUUACAUGGAUGGGGGGUCCUUGCGGGUCAGCGAAAGGACCCGGGUCAAACUGAGGGUCUAUGGGCAGAAUAUUAAUAACGAGACGUGGUCCAAAAUUGCCUUUACCGAGCACGCGAGGACCAAAGUAAUCGGUAACAUUGACAGCACUGUCGGAGAUAACAAGAGCAAAGAGGACACCUCUAAUUAUCAUCCGUGUGGCAUCAGGACCUCGGAUAUAAUUAUUUUGCCUAAUAUCAUUCUAAAUAGAAAAACCUCUGGGAUUGUUGAGAUUGAAAUUAAGCCAUUGCGCAAAACGGAAAAGAGCAAAGCAUACUACUUGUGCACUGCCAUGCCCACUCCUGCAGUACCAGGUGUGCAUGAUCCCUGGACUGAGACCACCUGGAUCUAUCAUGAUGGUGAUGACACCAAAGUUGUUGUAGUGGAAGAGAGGAAAUUCCUGCUGCCCUUUUGGUUGCAGGUGAUCUUCAUUGCACUUUUGCUCUGCCUUUCUGGCAUGUUUAGUGGACUAAAUUUGGGUUUAAUGGCUCUUGACCCAAUGGAACUGCGAAUUGUCCAGAACUGUGGGACUGAGAAGGAGAAGAACUAUGCCAAAAAGAUUGAGCCUGUGCGUAGGCAAGGGAAUUACCUGCUUUGUUCACUUCUUUUAGGCAAUGUACUGGUCAACACCACAUUGACUAUUCUUCUGGAUGAUAUUGCUGGCUCUGGCCUAAUAGCAGUGGUAGUGUCUACUAUAGGGAUUGUCAUCUUUGGAGAGAUUGUGCCUCAGGCUAUUUGCUCACGACAUGGGCUUGCAGUUGGAGCUAACACUAUUUUCUUGACAAAGUUUUUCAUGUUGCUGACCUUUCCAGCCUCUUACCCUGUCAGCAAACUUCUCGACUGUGUGCUGGGCCAGGAAAUUGGCACAGUAUACAAUCGGGAGAAGCUCUUGGAGAUGCUGAGAGUAACAGAUCCCUACAAUGACUUGGUCAAGGAGGAACUGAAUAUCAUCCAAGGAGCACUGGAGCUGAGGACUAAGACUGUGGAAGACGUCAUGACCCCCUUAAGAGACUGCUUCAUGAUUACUGGCGAUGCCAUCCUGGACUUCAAUACCAUGUCAGAGAUCAUGGAAAGCGGCUAUACUCGUAUCCCAGUGUUCGAAGGAGAGCGAUCAAACAUUGUGGACCUGCUCUUCGUGAAGGACCUGGCUUUUGUGGAUCCAGAUGACAGCACACCAUUAAAAACCAUUACAAAAUUCUACAGUCAUCCAUUACAUUUUGUUUUUAACGACACCAAGCUGGAUGCCAUGCUGGAAGAGUUUAAAAAAGGUAAAUCCCACUUGGCUAUAGUCCAGAGGGUCAAUAAUGAGGGAGAAGGAGAUCCUUUCUAUGAAGUGCUGGGCAUUGUUACUUUAGAGGAUGUUAUUGAAGAAAUCAUCAAAUCUGAGAUUCUGGAUGAAACAGACCUGUAUACUGACAACAGGACCAAAAAGAAAGUCACGCAUCGGGAACGAAAGCAAGACUUUUCUGCAUUCAAGCCAACUGACAGUGAAAUGAAGGUCAAAAUAUCUCCUCAGCUUCUGCUGGCAACACACCGUUUCCUAGCAACGGAAGUGGAGCCUUUCAGCACGGUUCACAUGUCAGAGAAAAUCCUUCUAAGGCUGCUUAAGCACCCCAAUGUCAUACAAGAGCUCAAGUUUGAUGAGAAGAAUAAGAAAAACCCAGAACACUACCUCUAUCAUCGGAACAAGCCUGUGGAUUACUUCAUCCUAAUUUUACAGGGGAAAGUGGAAGUAGAAGCAGGAAAAGAAGGUAUGAAGUUUGAAGCUGGCGCCUUCUCUUACUAUGGCAUGAUGGCCCUAACUGCUUUACCAGUUCCUUUGUCACUGUCUCGUACUUUUGCAGUCAGUAGAGCUGAAUCAUUAGCAGGAUCACCAGAGAAUAAAUCUCCACCACGAACCUGUGGUUUAAAUCACUCGGACUCUUUAAAUCGUAGUGACCGGAUUGAUGCAAUAACUCCAACAAUGGGGAGCAGCAACAAUCAGCUCAACUCUUUCCUGCAAGCAUAUGUACCAGACUAUUCAGUGAGAGCUGUCACGGACCUGCAGUAUGUCAAGGUGACUCGGCAGCAGUACCAGAAUGCCUUGAUGGCUUCUAGGAUUGACAAAACACCUCAAUCCUCCGACAGCGAGAACAUUAAAAUAGAAUUGACUCUAACUGAACUACGUGACGGCUUGCCGGAUGAGACGGCGAACUUGCUCAAUGAACAGAACUGUGUGGCACAUAACAAAUCCAACCACAAUAUGCACAAUGAGGGCUCCAUUUAGCAGAUGGCUAGCCUGUCUGCAUCUCAGUCACACUAUAUCUUCCCUGUUACCUCCUGUGUUGGAGAUGGAUGACUUGGGGAACAACAAACCUUAAACAUGCACAUAUGAUUGAGUGUGAAGCCUUGAGACCAAAGAGUUCGUCUACUCAUCUUCUCUAGGGAGUAGUGAGAAGAGAGAGAUGUGAAAGACACGUGAAAGUGUUGCAGCUGGGAAAUGAGAGAUGGUCAUCACAGAGCUCAAUUUCAUGUUCAGAUGUACUAAGAGACAGAUUUUUUUUUUCUUUAUUCAACUGAUUUUCCUUUCUCCGGAAGGAUUGAAUGGUUUGGAUGGAAACCACAUUAAAACAAAAGACGACAAAAGAAACUGUAUCCCUGUGACAUUCUGAAAAGUGCAACUUGGUGUCUGGUAAAAAAAGGUAUUGCAUUUACUGGCAAAAUCAACGGAUGUGUCUGGUUUUAUUGCAAAAAAUUGCAUGCCUCCGAUCAUUCAGUUUAUUUUUCUAUUUAUUUACUUUUAUAAAGGAAGGACUGAUCUGCCUAAUUGGUACAGAUGUAUUUACAUCUUUUUUAAAACAUGUCUUUUUAUCUUGUUGAUAUGUUUUGUUUUUUUUUUCUUAUGCUUUUUUUCUAAUCAACAAAAGAAAAAUCUCCCAGAAGCCAAAAAAAUCAAAGAUGCCCAUUUAAAAAAUCCAAAGAAUAGUUAUGCAAUUCAUAAACAAAAUCUCAUCUAUUAUGCAAUUCCUAAAAAAAAUCUGAUCUAAUUCCUUGUGCAGCUUGUUAUAUACUAUAUGUUCUUAUUCUCUAUGUAAUAGUAUAAAACAGAACAGCCUUAAAUUUACUAUGCCAACCUGGUGUAUCCCUUUACUAAAUCAAUAAUGCAGACAAUCAUGAUCAGUGUUUGCACUGGUGUAAGUCGGACAAAUAUUUUUGCAGAAAUUGCAAUUAAAAAUAUUGCAAAUUGUUCAUUAAAUUUCUAAUUUGGGGAAUUGUAGAUAAAAAUGUGUAAAUAGUGUACAGAGUCAGUGCAAUCCAGAAUUAGAAUACGCAUUUGUAUAAUUCAUUGAGCGUGUGCAUGGUAUAUGUACAUUCAAGGAUUCUUCCAAAAAUAUCUUUCCAUUUGAGCAUUAACAUAUUUAACGUAGCAGUCCUGGAUUGUCUGAUUACCGUGUACUUAGGUGAAUGAAUAAUAUGCAUUUGCUAUAUUGCUGUUGACAUUUUUGUCCAUCAAAGUAUUAAAGGCAAUGUAAGUGGUAGGAGAGGCACAGAUUCAAAAAAUUCUAAUCUCCUUAAAAUAACACUGGUCGGCUCCUUGCUUGGGACUGGUAAAGGGGUAUAAGUGGUUGAGAUGUAGUUUAAAUGUACAGAUUUGGUUAUGCUUGUUUUUUUAAAUUUGAGGAUUGUGUUUUACAUCAUUAUUUCCCUCCAUCCUAGCUAAUACUGGAAUAGUUAUAUAACAAUCUCUGAAUCUUCACCAAAGGAUAUACUGAGCUUUUUUUCCCCCCCAACCCCAAUUAGUAAUGUGCUGGAUGAAUUAAUUGAAACACACUGUUCAAGGUCCCUGUAGGAUAGUUUGAUAAAACUAUGUGUUCUAUUCUUUGAAAUAUCUAUGCUUAAAACAAAACUUAAAGUGUGUUGUUAACAAAUGUGUCUGAGGAAGCAUUAAGGGGCAUUUUAUUUUUUGCUGUCUGUUUUCUCUGCUUUUCAUAGGACAGGAUGUACCCAUUUAUUACUUUUGAAAAAAAUAUUCUCUGCUGCAUUGCAUAUUACAAUGUUUGCAGAAACACAAGAUUAAAAGAAAGUUGUAUAUGUAAACAGUUCAUAAAAUGUCAGCAAGAUCAGAGAAGAUAGAAGUCAUACAAAUUAGAUGAUGCAGUUUACUUAUAGGAUUGUUGUCACAUCUAGAAAGGAUCAAGGUAAAAAAUACUAUUCCCACAGCUUAUAUCGUAAUACAAAUAUGGAUAAUGUCAUUGAAGUAACUAAUUUGCUAAUACAUAUAGCUCAAGUUUGAGGAUUCGAGUUACAGUAGUAAGGUAUGAGACCAAAGUUCGAGUGUGGGGGGAAAACUAACAUGUACAAUAGAUUGUGUUCACAAGGUUAAGCAUUGUGUGGCUGAGAUUUUAAAGUAUUCUUCUUGUCUUAAAGCUAGACAUCUAAGGCACUAUGGACAGAUCUGAACUACAAUUAUGUUUACACUGUAACCUGCAACUCCAAGCAGGCUUGGUAACUUGCAUACUGUUGCAAACCCAGCAUACAUUUCAAACAGUAUUUUCAUUUAACUCCUAACUUGCUUGUUGCCAUAGUGGUACUAAGUUGCCUUUUUAAAAACUGUUACAGAAGCAUAUUAGCAAACAGCAGAGUAAAACAGCAGGGGAGAUUUAAUUUUUUUUUUAACUCUGCGACUUUUGAUUUGUGCUGGUAGAUUGUGGGUAAUAAAUACUCAGUCUUGAUUUAGUUGGCAUAGUAUACUCCUAGCUGAGAAGCAUCAAGUCCUACUGCUUGAGACGGAUCUGUAUCUUGAUUGUCUCUGACAAAGAACAUUUUAUCUGAAUCAUGAGUGUUUCAAUGUCAAUCCUAUACCUAGUCCCAAAAAACUAGUCCAAUUUUUUAAAAUAUUUAAUUGCUGCUAAAUGUAUUAUACUAAGUAGAUUCUGCCACUCUAC